AUAUUAUGCCACAAUAUGGUGAUUUUCAGUUCUUCAGAGUCACCUGGUGCAUUGAAAGAAAUCUUUUGAUGAAGUUGUUGAAGAAUCAUCACAGAAGAGGAAUAAGGAGAGUUGUUUACUUGUGUUCUAAUUGAGAUUGAGUGGUUUAUUUACUUGUUAUCCAUUUUAUGUUCUUUCAUCAAUGGACAAAAAGAUCCAGGCCUGUCUUCUGGUCGUUCUCUUUCAAAUUUCAUUUUCAGGUGCACAGACAAAUUCUAAUGAUGUUGCUGCUCUGAAUUCAAUAAGACUUCUCUGGAAAAACACGCCAUCCAAUUGGGAAGGUUCAGACCCUUGUGGUGGCGGGUGGGUAGGAAUUACCUGCAACAAUUCUCGUGUUGUCUCCAUAACAUUGUCAAGCAUGGGACUGAAGGGUCAACUCUCCGGCGACAUCCAGUCCCUCUCUGAGUUACAGGCUUUGGAUCUGUCCUACAACAAAGGUCUAAAUGGAUCCCUCCCGGUAUCCAUUGGGAGCUUGACAAAGCUUUCUAAUCUGAUCCUGGUUGGGUGCAGCUUCUCUGGGCCAAUCCCAGAUACAAUAGGUUCUCUAAAGCAGCUGGCCUUUCUAUCUCUAAAUUCUAACAGCUUCACUGGAGAAAUACCUCCUUCCAUUGGUAAUCUGUCCAAACUUUAUUGGUUGGAUCUAGCUGACAACAAGCUUACUGGAACCAUUCCAGUCUCUAAUGGGAGUACACCUGGUCUAGAUAUGCUAAUUCACACCAAGCACUUUCAUUUUGGAAAGAAUCAGCUCUCAGGAACCAUCCCACCUCAACUUUUCAGCUCAGAAAUGAUUCUCAUACAUGUGCUCUUUGAUAAUAACCAACUGACUGGGAGCAUCCCUCCCACUCUAGGACUCGUGAAAACUUUGGAGGUUGUGCGUCUUGACAGGAACUUAUUAAGUGGACAUGUUCCUUCCAGCCUCAAUAACCUAACAAGUGUUAGUGAGCUCCACUUGUCCAACAACACGCUGACAGGUCCGGUGCCUGACCUAACUGGCAUGGAUGUCCUCAAUUAUGUGGACUUGAGCAAUAAUAGUUUUGAUGCAACAGAUAUUCCUCAGUGGUUUUCAACCUUAGAGUCCUUGACCACACUAGCAAUGGAAUAUACACAACUUAAAGGACAAUUACCGCAGGCCAUGUUUUCAGCUCCACAGCUGCAGACUGUGAGUCUAAGGAACAACAGGAUUAAUGGGACUUUGGACAUUGGCCUUAACUUUAGUAACGAGCUAGAACUGAUUGAUUUGCAAAAGAAUUUCAUUUCUGCUUUUGUGGAAAGAGGAGGUUACAGUAAUCAGUUAUUGCUUCAAGGUAAUCCAGUUUGUGAGGAAUCAGGAGCAACAGCCAAAUACUGCACACUUCCACAGAAAACCACUCCACCAUAUUCCACCAACACAAUUAGUAACUGUACUCCAGUCCUCUGUCCUCCAGAUCAAAAGGCCAGUCCCAAUUGCAAAUGCGCAUACCCAUACAUGGGCAUCCUAUAUUUCAGAGCUCCUUCAUUCUCUGACUUGGGGAACUCAUCCUAUUAUGUUACUCUUGAGAAGUCACUAAUAGCUUCAUUUCAGACCUAUCAACUUCCUGUUGAUUCAGUUUCUCUGAGUGACCCAACCAAGGAUUCAGAUAAUUACCUUGAAUUGGAUCUAGAAGUCUUUCCUUCUGGAUCAGAACGUUUCAAUCAAUCAGUAAUUUCAAAGAUUGGCUUCAUGCUUAGCAACCAAACCUUCAAGCCCUCAAAGCUUUUUGGACCAUACUUUUUCAUUGGUUCAGAAUAUGGGGCCUUUGCAGAAACAUCUAUACAAUCGGAAUCCAGUAAAUCAGUGAGCCUUGGAGUUAUAAUUGGAGCAGCAUGUGGUGGAUUUGUGCUUGUCCUAGUCCUAACCCUUGCAGGAUUAUAUGCUUUUCAUCAAAAGAGAAGAGCUGAAAAAGUUAUUGCACAAAACAAAUCUUUCUCUUCUUGGGACCCCAGCAAAAGCAGUAGCAGCAUUCCUCAGCUAAAGGGAGCAAGAUGGUUCUCUUAUAAUGAGCUGAAGAAAAGCACCAAUAAUUUCUCAGAGGCUAAUACCAUUGGAUCCGGGGGUUAUGGGAAGGUUUAUAAAGGAACCCUUCCCAAUGGUCAACUGGUUGCAGUUAAAAGAGCUCAGCAAGGAUCCAUGCAGGGAGGCAUCGAGUUCAAAACUGAGAUUGAGCUGCUUUCUCGGGUUCAUCAUAAGAACCUUGUUAGCCUUGUUGGAUUUUGUUUUGAUCAAGAUGAACAAAUGUUGGUCUAUGAAUAUGUUCCCAAUGGUACUCUAAAGGAAACCCUUUCAGGUAAGUCAGGAAUCCGGUUGGAUUGGACAAGGAGACUUCGAGUGGCCCUCUGCUCAGCAAGAGGGCUAGCUUAUUUGCAUGAUCAUGCGGAUCCUCCCAUAAUACACAGAGACAUCAAGUCGAACAACAUUCUAUUGGAUGAAAGGUUAAAUGCAAAAGUUGCUGAUUUUGGUCUAUCAAAAUCUAUGGGUGAGGAGAAGGAUCACCUCACCACCCAAGUAAAAGGAACAAUGGGCUAUUUGGAUCCUGAAUAUUACAUGUCUCAGCAGUUGACAGAGAAAAGUGAUGUGUAUAGCUUUGGAGUGUUACUACUAGAGUUGAUAACUGCAAAAAAACCAAUAGAGAGAGGGAGAUAUAUAGUGAGAGAGAUGAGAAUAACAAUUGAUAAGACAAAGGAUCUAUAUGGGCUUCAUGAAUUGCUUGAUCCAGCCAUUGGCUUAGGCACUUCUCUCAAAGGAUUCGAGAAGUAUGUGGAUCUGGCAAUGUGGUGCGUGGAAGAAUCAGGAACUGAUCGCCCCACAAUGAGUGAGGUGGUGAAAGAGAUUGAGAGCAUUAUGCAGAUAGCUGGUCUAAAUCCAAAUGCUGAAUCAGCAUCUACCUCAGCAACUUAUGGGGGAACUAGUGGAGGGCAUUCUAGACAUCCUUAUGGGCAUGAGUCCUUUGAUUACAGUGGUGGGUACCCACAUGCCAAGGUGGAACCACAAUAAGCAGAAUACAUUUGUAUAUAGAUGAUCGUGAACAUGGAAGUAUAUAUGCAACCAGGUUUAGCCUUUGAUAUGUUUAUAUUAUACUAUGAAGAGCAGUAGUUCUGGAUAAAUAUAACUGGAUGCAUGUCAGUUUGAUGGAAGAGGAAUGGGGAAAUGCUUAAAGUUCUAGUUAA